GGUGUCUUUGAUGCUGCACAGUGAUUGUCUGAUUGAUAACAGCCAUUUUUUUUCUAUUUUGCAGUGCCAAUUUCAAUUUAUGUUCUUUCACUUCCAUUGCCAUAUCUACCAAAAGGUGUAAGCUUGAGCCCAUUUUUCCAUCUGGGAUCUGCGAUUCUCGUUGUGGGGCUCAUCCUGUACAAUACACCCUUACCUCGGAAGCCCGAGUCUGCUAUUCCUCCAAAGUCGGAACCUCUCCCGAAUCAAGACGACCGCGGGCAAAACUAUCUGGCGGCGUAUCACAAAAGUGUUUCAAGCUGAUUUGUGAGCUCAAUAGCACAUCAUAAAGUAAAUGAAUAAAAUUAGAACAAUCUAUAACCACAUUAUCAUAAGACAAUGAAUUUUAUUAUAAUUUUAUUUGACUUCAAAAAAUCUCCAUUAAAAAACAAAAUGAAUUAUUUGACUCGGAAUAAUUAAUUUGUUUUCUCAAAUCAUUUUAGCAAAGCACGUUUAACACCCAAAACAAAACAAAAAUAAGAACCAAAAGUAUUUACGAAGGUACCCUUAUUUUUUGUGUGAAGCUUGAUAUUUUCGUGCCCAAUAGUUGCACAUUUCCCACGUGGCAGAAUAAUACAUUCUUGGUAGUUGUACACUUGGUACUUGUAUUAAUGCCGCCAUUUCCCCAUUCUUCUUUCUUCUUUCUUCGUCUUCUUCCAUGGACCACCGCCUCGGAUCAGCUGCAACGGCAGCUUCUUCCGGCCAUUUGAUCGUCAACUCCGCCACCAAACCUUCUACCUCUACUCUUCUCUUUCAAUUUCAUCCCAAUUUUAAUAUUAAAACCCCUCCUCUAAAACUCUCCAUUUUCUCCAACCCUUCUUCAGCUAACCACUUCAAUAAGAUUUACUAUUACAACACUCCCUAUAGACUUCAGCUACGGCAUUUUCCUCCGAUCGCCGCCACUGACCAGACUUAUCCACCGCCGCGGCCGCCGCCGCCGCAGAAGCAGCAGCGGCCGUCCAAGUCCGAUGCCAAUAAAAGGAAGUUGUCCAUCGUCGUGUGCUCUGCAGUUACUGUAUCACUAGCCAUUGCAAAUCGCGUGCUUUACAAACUCGCCCUUGUUCCGAUGAAGGAAUUCCCCUUCUUUCUCGCUCAGCUCACCACUUUCGGGUAUGUUGCUAUAUACUUCUCUAUCCUUUUUAUGAGAUACAGAGCUGGUGUUGCUACCGAUGAAAUGCUGUCGUUUCCGAAAAUACCCUUUAUAAUCAUUGGUUUGCUAGAAGCUCUUGGAGUUGUUUCCGGGAUGUAUUCUGGAGCCAUGCUUCCCGGACCUGCUAUACCUAUACUAAAUCAGACAUUUUUGCUAUGGCAACUAGCUUUCUCUAUGUUGAUACUGGGAAGGACUUACUCUUUGAACCGAUUUGCUGGAUCAUUUCUUGUUGCUGCUGGAGUCGUAUUGGCAGUUACAAGUGGAUCAGAACAUGAUCAAUUACUCUCGGGUGUUGAAUUUGUGUGGCCUGCAAUGAUGAUAGCCUCGAGUGCAUUUCAAGCAGUUGCUUCUGUUCUCAAGGAAUCUGUUUUCCUUGAUGCUGCAACUCGCCUCAAGGGAAAGCUCAUAGACAUAUUUGUGGUCAAUUCCUUUGGAUCUGGAUUUCAGGCCCUUUUUGUGCUUCUAUUCCUGCCGUUUUUAUCAAACUUGAAGGGUAUACCGUUAUCCGAAUUCCCUUCAUACUUGAAAAGUGGGGCCGCGUGCUUUUUUAAUAUUGGAGCAAAUACAACAGGAUGUGAUGGGUCCCCAACGCUUCCACUCCUUUACAUAAUAACAAAUAUAGCUUUCAACAUAUCAGUACUCAAUCUCUUGAAAUAUUCAUCCGCCGUUGUUUCCUCCCUAGCUGUGAUGUCAUCAGUACCAAUUUCGAUCUAUAUACUUUCCCUUCCACUACCGUACCUUUCGGAAGGUGCCAACUUGAGCCCCUUCUUCGUCUUGGGUAGCGCGGUUCUUAUGGUGGGACUCAUUGUAUACAAUUUCUCAUGGCCUCUCAAGCAAGACUCAGAUAUCUCGUAAACUAGGGGAGUUAUUCAGAUCCUGCUUCUUUAUUUAUCUGCUUUCAGUUUCUGUUGGUUGUGAAGAAAAUAUCCGUCGAGGUUUCGUGGGGUGUUUUUUUUCUUUUCUUUUUUGCUGAGGUUUCAUGGUUAUCAAUAAAACGUUGAUCCAUCUUCGAGUUCAGCCUGAAUUUUGUGCAUUGGAUUAUCUCAUUCUCGAUUUUGUAGGUUAUAAAAUUUCUUUUUUUAUA